UUUGAUUGAUAGCAAUGGACAGACUGACCAAAAUGAGAACAGCCAGUCCAGAUUCAAGCAUGGAGCGUUUGAUCAACUUAAGGAACUCUGAGGAGACGGAACAGAGCCAGAUAAAAAAGAAAAUCUGGUGGCCCAGAAUAUUCUUCAACACUUUACCUAUAAGGGAAUCACAGCACACCACGCCACAGGGAAAAUCAUACGUGCCAACUACUGAAGAAUUAAGUCAGUGGGCACAGUCUCUGGACAAUCUGCUGAGCAGCAAAUGUGGAUUGUACUUUUUCCGUCUCUUCAUGAAGUCUGAGCACUGCGAGGAGAACCUUGACUUCUGGUUGGCCUGUGAGGAGUUCAGAAAGAUCCGCUCAAGAUCAAAACUCAAAUCCAAGGCAAAAUCAAUAUUCAAUGAAUUCAUCACACCAGACUCUCCAAAAGAGAUCAACCUGGACUUCAACAUGAAAGAGUUGCUGCAGCAGAGCAUACACAUCCCAACACAGUGUACUUUCAAAGCAGCACAACACCGAGUAUUAUACCUGAUGGAGCACAACUCCUACCUCCGCUUCCUGGAGUCGGAGCUUUACCAGCAGCUGUGCAGUUUCGCAGAAGGAAAACAAUAACGCUCGUUGUGUUUGAUUGAAUGGCUGGUCCGUUUCAGAACAUCUACUGUCUACUUCAUGAUUGUAUUUAAGUAUUGCAUAUUUAUUUGCACAGAUUUGUAAAUAGUGACACCGUCGAGAUGAACAUCAGGUAUUUUUAUUGAGCGGUCACAUGAUUAAGCUGUAACUAUUUUGGAAUAUCUUUUUUUUUUUCUACAACUUAGCUUUUUAGAGUACUUUUUUGUAUGAAAUUAAUCUUAUGUCCUUUUUCUACUACAUUUUUCUGGAUUUCAUGAGGUGGGCGGCUUUUUGAACACUUAAGUCACAUGUAUAUAUUAUUUAAAAUAAAUGUGUGUGUGUGUAUUUAUAUUUGAAAUGUCAUUUAUGUUUAUAUUGUAUCAUGUCGUUUACAUUUUGUCACAAAACACUAAAUAUGAAGAUAAUAAAUUUGUAUUAAAAGAA